AUGGCGGAAGACAACGAUGAAAUUAAUCGAGUUGUUUUGGAUAACUCUCCGGGAAAUUGCAUAAUGAAAGCCCCAGAUAUUCAAAACCAAAUUAUCAGUUCAUUUGCCCAUUUUGUCUCGAAGGCUAUUAUUUGUGACAUUGGUGAUGAUGUAUUUGCCUUACUAGUUGACGAGGCACGUGAUGUCUCCAUUAAGGAGCAAUGGCCGUUGCUUUACGUUAUGAAAUUUGGCUUGAGCUUGUCACGUGUGCGUGGCCAAGGUUAUGAUGGAGCUAGUAACAUGCAAGGAGAGUUUAAUGGUUUGAAGAGUUUAAUAUUGAAAGAAAACAAGUAUGCUUUUUAUGUCCAUUGUUUUGCUCAUCAACUUCAGUUGGCUCUUGUGGAAAUUACUGAGAAGAAUAAGCAACUAUGUGAGUUUUUUGGUUCUCUUGCAAUUGGUUUGAAUCAAGAAGCCACUUUAAAAAGGCCGGGAGAUACACAUUGGAAUUCAUAUUAUUUCACAAUCGUGAGUAUGAUUAAGUUGUUCUCGUCGGUGGUUGAUGUACUAGAGUAUUUGGCAAAUAAUGGUGAUGUUGUUGCUCAUUAUGGACAAGCCACAAUUCUUUUAAGAAGUAUUGAAUGUUUUGAGUUUGCCUUUGUUCUGCACUUAAUGAGAUCAGUCUUGGGAAUCACAAAUGAUUUAUCACAAGCAUUGCAGAAAAAAGCCCAAGACCUUGCUAAUGCCGAGAAACUUGUUACUUUUGCUAAAGAUCGACUACAAGAAUUGAGAGAAGAUGGGCGAAUUGUUGCAAGAAACUUCAGACUUUUGUGUUGA